AUGACACCCGCAGGCGGUACUCCACGACCCGUGCUCAACCUCGAAGAAGAACCAAAGGAGACGCCAAAGAACGAGGACGAGAAUGCGUUCAUCACUGAUGCUCCAACAUCGCCGCCUGCUGUCUCCGCCCCAAAGGAUGUCCUGAUGGCUGACAAUGCUGCCGACGACAAGCCAGCGGGCAUCAACGGUGCCAGUAAGCCCGGGGUCAACGACGUUGCCGAAGUGGCUGCAGGCGAAAAGCGUAAGGCUGAGGAGCCUCCUGCUGCCACCAACGGCGCAUCCGACCCCGCUCCGACAGAGAAGUCGGAGUCGGAGGAGCGUGCCGAGAAGAAGGCUCGCGUUGAAGACGUCGCAGAUGAGCCGACCACCACUGAGAAUACUUCGCCAAACGGCAAGCACGAAAACGGGAAAGCUGCGAAGAAGAACAAGAAGGACGCCCCAGUUGCUGGGAAGACGGCACGCAAGACGCGAAGUCAAGGUCCUGUUGAAGUUUAG